CUCUACUUUGUCAGGGGAUCAGGAUCUGGUAAGAGGAUGAGGAGGACGAUGUUGUGGCUGCUGGCCUCUCUGGCCUUUGGAUCGCUCUCUUCUCUCGCUGAUGCAGCUCCACUGCAGGUGAUGUCUGCCCCCAACCUGUUGCGUGUAGGAACAGCAGAAAACAUCUUUGUGGAGUGUCAGGACUGCACAGGAGCAGACAUUCCUGUGGAAAUCAGCAUUAUGAACCAUCCGACUAAAAACACAAGGCUUGCACACAAACCUGUAAUCCUUAACACUGGAAAUAACUUUCAGGCGCUUGGGCAAAUUACGGUCCCUGUUGGAGACUUCAGUCGGGAUCCAAACAUGAAGCAGUAUGUGUACCUGCAGGCUCAGUUCCCUGACCGCCUGCUGGAGAAAGUCGUCCUAGUUUCAUUCCAGUCUGGGUACAUCUUCAUCCAGACUGACAAGACGCUCUACACCCCCGACAGUAAAGUUUAUUACAGGAUGUUUGCAGUGACGCCCAAAAUGGAGCCGGUAGAGAGGGAUGAUGAUACCGCAACUGAUGCUUCGAUUGCCAUUGAGUUUGUGACCCCUGAAGGCAUCAUUUUACCACUUGAUCCAGUCUCUCUGAAAUCAGGGAUCCACUCCGGAGAUUACCAGCUGGCAGAAAUUGUCAGUCCAGGACUGUGGAAGGUGGUUGCAAAGUUUCACAGCAACCCACAGCAGAGCUACUCCGCUGAGUUUGAGGUCAAAGAAUAUGUGCUGCCCAGUUUCGAGGUCAAACUGAUUCCUGUGAGCCCUUUCUUUUACGUGGACAACCAAGAUUUCACUGUCGACAUCAAAGCUACGUACCUGUUUGGUCAAGACGUGGAUGGGACGGCCUACGUUGUGUUUGGUGUUAUGCAAGAUGGUCAAAAGAAGAGCUUUCCAAAUUCUCUUCAGAGAGUGCCGAUCCAGAGAGGUAAUGGAUUGGUUACGCUGAAGAGGGAGCACAUCACACAGACCUUCAACAACAUCAUGGAACUUGUGGGAAGCUCCAUAUUUGUAGCAGUCAGCGUGCUUACAGAGAGCGGUGGUGAAAUGGUGGAGGCAGAGCUGAGAAGUAUCAAGAUUGUCACGUCACCUUACACCAUCACCUUCAAGAAAACGCCCAAGUUUUACAAACCAGGGAUGUCCUUUGAUGUUUCGGUUGAAGUUGUGAAUCCUGAUGGCACUCCAGCAAGAGGUGUUUCAGUGGUGGUCGAUCCAGGCCAGGUGCAGGGCUUCACCGUAGCUAAUGGCAUGGCACGGCUAACCAUCAAUACAGAGGCCAGGACCAGCAGACUGUCAAUUACUGCAAGAACCAAUAAUCCACGUAUCUCCCCUGACAGACAGGCAACAGCCACCAUGACGGCUGCACCGUAUACCACCAACAGCAACAACUACAUCCACAUAGGUGUGGAUGCAGCUGAGCUGGAAGUAGGAGAAAAUCUGAAAAUUAAUCUUAACCUGAACAGGCAGGAAAACGCACAAAGUGAUAUCACAUACCUGGUCCUCAGCAGAGGUCAGCUGGUGAAAAAUGGCCGAUUCCAUACAAGAGGUCAGGUGCUGAUUUCCCUGAUAAUCCCUAUCACCAAAGAAAUGCUGCCAUCGUUCCGCAUCAUAGCCUACUACCACACAAAUGAUAAUGAAGUGGUGUCCGACUCUGUUUGGGUGGACGUCAAGGACUCCUGCAUGGGCUCGCUGAGGCUGGAAUCAUCGAGAGCCGCUCCAUCCUUUGAGCCUCGCAGGAUGUUUGGUCUGAAGGUAACAGGAGACCCAGGAGCCACAGUGGGACUGGUGGCAGUGGACAAAGGCGUCUAUGUCCUGAACAACAAGCACCGCCUCACCCAGAAGAAGGUGUGGGACAUUGUAGAGAAAUCUGACACAGGCUGCACACCAGGUGGAGGAAAAGACGGUAUGGGUGUGUUCUUUGAUGCAGGGCUGUUGUUUGAGUCCAAUGCUGCUUCUGGGACUCCCUACAGACAAGAAUUAAAAUGUCCCGUCCCCAGCAGGAGGAGGAGAGCCAGUUCUAUAACGGAAGUCACAACCAGCUUAGUGAGCCAAUACAAAGACGAACUACAACGCCAAUGUUGUCGGGAUGGCUUGACGGACCUCCCUGUUUCAUACAGCUGUGAGGUGCGCAGUGAGUACAUUGUGGACGGUCAAACGUGUGUCGAUGCCUUCCUGCACUGCUGCAAGGAGAUGGAAAACCAGCGGACAGAGAGGAAAGAAGACAACCUCCAACUGGCUCGAAGUGAGGAGGAUGACAACAGCUACAUGGAUAGCAAUGAAAUUGUGUCUCGCACUAAGUUCCCUGAGAGUUGGCUUUGGUUGGAUAUCAAACUUCCUGCUUGCCCAAGACAAAACGCUAACUGUGACACCACAUCAUCUGUGAAAAAUGUUCCUUUGCAAGAUUCAAUCACAACCUGGCAGUUCACCGGCAUCAGUCUGUCCAGAACUCACGGAAUCUGCGUUGGUGAGCCUUUGGAAGUAAUUGUACGGAAAGAUUUCUUCAUUGACCUCAGGCUGCCCUAUUCUGCCGUCCGAGGAGAGCAGCUCGAGGUCAAAGCAAUACUCCACAACUACAGCCCAGAUAUCGCCACAGUGCGUGUGGAUCUGAUUGAGGAGGAGAAUGUGUGCAGUUCAGCCUCCAAACACGGACGGUAUCGUCAGGAGGUCACAGUUUAUCCUCAGAGUACACGAUCAGUACCCUUCAUCAUUAUUCCCAUGAAGGAAGGAUUGUACGGGAUCGAGGUCAAAGCAGCUGUGAAAGACUCGUCCCUCAAUGAUGGAAUCAUGAAGAAGUUACGUGUCGUGCCUGAAGGUGUACUAGUCAAAUCUCCUCAGACUGUAACUCUAGAUCCAACUACUAAAGGUGUAGAUGGCAAACAGGAAGUAAUAUUGAACAGUGGGAUUCCUAAGAAGGAUUUGGUUCCAAACGCACCGACUAGCUCUCAGAUCUCUGUGACAGGAAGAGAAGAAGUUGCUGCACUGGUGGAGAACGCCAUUAGUGGGAACUCGAUGGGGACUCUGAUCUACCAGCCCUCUGGCUGCGGAGAGCAGAACAUGAUCCACAUGACCCUGCCCGUCAUAGCCACCACAUACCUGGACAAAACCAACCAGUGGGAAACUGUGGGCUUCCAGAAACGUAACGAAGCUCUCGAACACAUCAAGUUUGGCUAUCAGAAACAACUGACCUAUCGUAAACCUGAAGGCUCUUUUGCUGUGUGGGCCAGUCACCAAAGCAGCACCUGGUUGACAGCCUAUGUUGCCAAGGUGUUUGCCAUGGCAAACAAUCUGGUGGCGGUGGAAAACUAUGUGAUCUGUGACGCUAUCAAGUUUCUGAUUCUCAACGCACAGCAGCCAGACGGCAUGUUUAAAGAAGUUGGAAGGGUGUCCCAUGGAGAGAUGAUUGGUGACGUGCGUGGCACGGAUUCUGACGCCUCCAUGACGGCCUUCUGCCUCAUCGCCAUGCAGGAGUCCCGUUCACUGUGUUCUGACACUGUUAACAGUCUGCCAAACAGCAUAGACAAAGCAUUGGCCUACCUGGAGAAUCGUCUGCCCAGACUUACCAACCCAUAUGCCGUUGCCAUGACAUCAUACGCCCUGGCCAAUUCAAACAAACUGAACAAAGAGAUCCUUUACAACUUUGCUUCCCCAGAGUUGUCCCACUGGCCAUCUGCAAAGGGACACAUAUACACACUGGAGGCCACAGCUUACGCUCUCCUCGCUCUUGUGAAGAUCAAGGCCUUUGAAGAUGCCAGACCUGUUGUCAGAUGGUUCAACGAACAGCAGAAGGUGGGCGGAGGUUAUGGAUCAACUCAGGCUACCAUUAUGGUGUACCAGGCUGUAUCUGAGUACUGGGCCAGUGCUAAAGAACCAGAAUAUGAUCUGAAUGUGGACAUCUUGUUGCCGGGCAGAUCAAAGCCUGACAAAUACAACUUUAACAGGGACAACAGCUACGCCACGAGAACGUCCAAACUCAACGAUAUCAAUCAGAAUGUGAUCGUGUCCGCCACAGGCACAGGAGAGGCGACAGUUAAGAUGGUGUCGCUGUACUACGCUCUGCCGACAGAGAAGGCGAGUGACUGUCAGAGGUAUAACAUGUCAGUGCAGCUCCUCCCAGAGAAAAUGGAUGAAGAUGAGAAGACAUACAAGCUGAGAAUAGAGCUCUUGUACAAAGACACAGAGCGUGAUGCGACCAUGACAAUCCUGGAUAUUGGCUUGCUAACUGGCUUCACCGUAAACACACAAGACUUGGACUUAUUGUCCAAAGGACGUGCCCGCACAAUAGCCAAAUAUGAGAUGAACACAGUCCUGUCGGAAAGAGGCUCUCUCAUCAUCUACCUGGACAAGGUUUCUCACACUCGGCCAGAAGAGAUUUCAUUUAGGGUUCAUCAGAAGAUGAAAGUUGGAGUCAUGCAACCAGCUGCUGUGUCUGUCUAUGAAUACUACGACCAAACACGUUGUGUGAAGUUUUAUCACCCAGAGAGGAGAGCUGGACAUCUGCUGCGGCUCUGCAGAAAUGAUGAAUGCACAUGUGCUGAAGAGAACUGCAGCCUGCAGAAAAAGGGCGAAAUCGACAAUGAUCAGCGGACUGCCAUGGCCUGUGAGAGCACAAAGACCAGCAAAAUAGAUUUUGUGUACAAAGUGAGACUGGAACAAUUUGAAGACGGAUUGUCCACUGACAUUUAUACAAUACGCAUACUGGAAGCCAUCAAAGAAGGAAGUUAUGAUGUGGGUCCUCGAGGCAAACUUCGCACAUUCCUCAGUUAUCAACACUGCAGGGAGUCUUUGGAUCUGGAGAAAGGCAAAACCUACCUGAUCAUGGGCACAUCCAAAGAUAUUCACAAAGAUGAGCAAAAUCUAUCGUAUCAGUACGUACUCGGUGAAAGAACCUGGAUCGAGUACUGGCCCACAGAAGCUGAAUGUCAAAUGGAGAAGUACAGACCCACCUGUAUUGGCAUGGAGGAGCUGGUCCAGCAGUAUGAACUCUUUGGAUGUCAACAGUAGAGAUAAUCCAGAACACAAAAUGUUAUUUUCAAACUGUCAUUUUGUAUUUUUCCCUGUAUUGAUUAAAAUGAACAAGCCUUGA